CUGCUGCAAAGAGUGGCUGGCUGCUAGGGGCUGCUCAGUCUUCCUGCGGGGGAAGGACAGAGACUGACAUGGCGCAGGUGAAGCGUCUGGCUGGCCUCAUCCUGGCCAUCACUCUUCUUCAAGGUACUAUGGCCCAGUUGAAACAAGAAAAACGUUUGAUAAGUGUGGAUGACAAUCGAGAAGAUGGUUCAGUACUUCUGAUUUGUGACUCAAAAGAUGCAAAAAUCAAAUGGUGGAAAGAUGGGGAGGAAAUGACAAAUAUAAGUGGAAAGACAUGGAAUCUGGGAUAUAGUAUGAAGGAUCCUCGAGGGAUAUACACAUGUGGAGAAUCAAAGCAAAACCAAACUCUCCAAGUGUAUUAUAGAAUGUGUCAGAACUGCCUUGAGCUGAGUGCAGCCACUGUGUCGGGCUUUGUUUUUGCUGAAAUCAUUAGCAUUUUCUUCCUUGCUGUUGGGGUCUACUUCAUUGCUGGACAGGAUGGAGUUCGCCAAUCAAGAGCUUCAGACAAGCAGACUCUGUUGUCCGACGACCAGCUCUACCAGCCUCUCAAGGAUCGGGAAGAUGACCAUUACAGCCACCUUCAAGGAAACCAACUGAGGAAGCAUUGAGCUCAAGACUCAGAGUAGGUGUUCUCCCUUCUAUCCUGUUCUCAGAAACAGAGCAAUACGUUUUGGAGUGCUCCUAGCAGAGAAACUUUCAGCCCUAAAUCUAGACUCAAGGUUCCCAGAGGUGACAAAUGGAGAAGAAAGGCCAUCAGAGCAAAUUUAGGCUUUUCUCAAAAUAAAAGUAAUGUGAAAACAUGUAUGGUGUUUCAGGAGCGCCACCUAUUGGGAGGUAAUAUUUUUGUAAAAGAAAAAUGAAAAGGUCAAAUAACCCCUCUGUUUGAAUAUAAUUUUUUCUUUUAAUUUUUAUUUAGUUUUUGUAUAGGUCAUAAUUCACAUAGUUCAAAUAUGCAGUGAAAGUUCUCCCUACACCUCCAUCACCCAGUUGCCCUCUCCAGGGGCAAAAAAUAUACUAGUUUCUUAAAUAUCCUUAUAAGAUAAUAAGGUAUUAUAUAUCAGAGGUAUUCUAGGCACACAUAAGCAAAUUCUCAAGAACACAUUGUUUUCUCUUCCCCUAUUUUUCACACAAAUGGUAUCAUACUAUACAUCUUUUACCUAAUAAAACCUGAAGAUUAUUUCAUACCAGUAUAUAAAGGGACUCAUUUUUUCUUUUUUUAAUGCAGCCACAUUGUACAGAUACACUGUAAUCUAUUUAAUAGUCCUCUAUUGAUGGACAUUUAAGUUGGUUCCAAUCUUUUGCUCUUACAAUGCUUCAAUGACUCACAUUGUAUGUAUAAAUGUCAUUUUUUAAAAGAUUUGAAGUAUAAUUUACAUGCUAUAAAAUUCACUCAUUUUAAGUAAUUUCACCUGUUCUCAGUAAUACUUAGCAAAUUUACCUAGUUGUACUACUAUCACCAUAAUCCAGUUUUAGAACAUUUCCAUCACUGUCUUAAGAUCCCUUGAACUGUUUGCAGUUACUCCCUGUUCCCACCCUGCACCCCAGGCAACCACUAAUCUCAUUUCUGCCUCUUUAGAUUUGUCUUUUCUGGACAUUUUAUACAAUGGAAUCAUACAAUAUCUGCUGUGGACAUUCUCAUGCAAAUCUUUGUGUGGACAUAUGUUUUUCACUCCUUGGGGUUGAUACCUAGGAGUGAAGAAUUGCUGGGUUGUAUGGUAAAUUUAUGUUUAACUUUUUAAGAAACUGCCAAACUUUUCCAAACUGGCUGUUCCAUUUUACAUUCCCAUUAGCAGUAGAUGAAGUUUCCGGUUUCUCCACAUCCUUACCAAUAUUUGCUACUAUCUUUUUUAGUAUAGCCAUUCUAGUGUAUAUAAAAUAGUAUCCUAUUGUGGCUUUAAUUUGUAUAUCCCUAAUUACUAAUGAUGAACAUCUCAUGUGCUUAUUAGCCAUUCUUAUAUCUUUAGUGAAAUGUCUAUUCAAAUCUUUUUUUUUUAAUUGUGUUGUUUGUCUUCUUACUAUUGACUUGUAAGAGUUCUUAUAUAUUUUGAAUACAAGUCCUUUACCAAAUAUAUGAUUUGCA